UUACGGCGCAUGUCCAUAUGCGUCGCCAUUGUUUUUGGGAUAAGGAGAGUGUUUCCUGAAAGUGAGAAGUGUUUUUUCAAUAUAAAACGCUUAUAUUUUAGACUGAUACUAUCUGUAAUCGUUUUGUGACUUAUAUUUGUGGAUUUUUAAAAACAUUUCAUACUCGAACUAAUAAUAUUUGUUAUAUUAUCGGGCAAUGUCUGCUGGUGUAGAACAGCGAUCACGAGGGCAGAGAAAUACAGUGCAAAAUGGCCCAGUUAAUGCUAAAGAUACGGUAAAUGAUGAAGAAUUUGAUCGCUAUAUGAAUAGCCAACCAGCACAGCAGCCAGCACAACAAGGAUAUAAUACAGCCCCAGGAUUGCCACCUGACCAAUCAUUUGUACCUAGCUACUACCCAUACUCCUUUAAUACAGCUGCCCCCUACUCUAUGCCAGGAAAUGACACACCAUGGUCAACUGGAAGCGGUGAGAAUUUCAACUUUUAUGGCGGAUAUGACGGUGCCAAUUACAUGCAGGAAUCGACAUCAGCGUCUAGCUACUAUAACCAACCGGGUACUACGCCUCCAUAUCUUACUCAGGGUGGUUUCAACUUUUUCCCCGGUAAUGCGGACUUUGGUACUGGGCCAUGGGAGGCUAGCUCUACUAACCAAGGACAGGCACCUGGCAGCCUCCCAGGUCAUGCUCCUCCUUAUUAUGACUAUCGUUAUACUUCACCACAGGCAGUUUCUAAGCCUAGAAACUAUCAUGAGCUGAAUGGCACGAACCCUUCUGAUGGAAAAUCGCAUGGCAUGAAGCUUGUUGAACAAGGUGUUUCAGGACUUAGCAUUGGAAAUGGUGAAAAAUCCGCAGGAAUUGUUCAAGAUAAUGGAAAAAUUGACUCUGAGGUUCGAGUUGCGAGUCAACCUAUGGUUGUUCCACCCGUCUCUCAAAUACCGCCCUCAAGUGCUCCAGCUUCGGCUCCUGUGACUGCUAAACCAACAUCUUGGGCAGCAAUUGCAAGCAAGCCUGCUAAACCUGUUCAGAAUAAGUCUAGCAAGAAGUCUUCUGCUCAUGCUCCAGUUCCAACCCAGUUGCCCACACUCAAACAAACAACUUUGAACAUUGGCACUUGGGACGGAGAGAAAAAUGCUAACAGCAGCUCUCAAAAUUCUGAAGAAAUUGCAAAUCAGCAACAAGGACCUCCUGCUCAAAGCCAGAACCAGGCCCAUAGAUCUGGUCAGAGUCAGUCAGGACCUCCAAAAACACAAGGAAAUACUGGCCAGCAUCUAAAAGGACAAAACCAACAACGUUGGGGACCACCCAACCAGCAGGGAACUAGAGACUCUGGCUCCAGUUAUAGUGGCAGGUCAAACCUAGGAGCGACUGCUGCUGUGGCUGAAGUCGCGCAGCCACCUGCUGAUGGCGUUAGUCCAGUUUUGCAGAAAUUACGAGCCAAAAAUGAGUACAAUCCACCAUCUUUAAAUCUGAACACAAAGAACGCUCGUUUCUUUAUAAUCAAGAGCUAUUCUGAAGAUGAUAUUCAUCGUUCUAUCAAGUAUAGCAUUUGGUGUAGCACAGAGCAUGGUAACAGACGAUUGGACAGUGCCUUUAGACAGCAGUCAGGUAAAGGGCCUGUUUACUUGUUGUAUAGUGUGAACGGUAGUGGCCAUUUUUGUGGAGUUGCUGAAAUGUUGUCUGCUGUGGACUACAAUGUAAGUACUGGUGUGUGGGCUCAGGAUAAAUGGAAGGGGCGGCUUGACGUUCGGUGGAUUUAUGUUAAAGACGUUCCGAACAGUCAGCUUCGUCAUAUUCGUUUGGAAAACAACGAAAAUAAACCAGUGACUAACUCGCGCGACACACAGGAAGUUCCACUUGAGAAAGGUAAACAAGUUGUGAAGAUUAUUCACAACUACCAGCAUACAACCUCGAUAUUUGAUGAUUUUGGACACUAUGAAAAGCGUCAAGAAGAAGACUCGAAUAGAAAGAGUGCCACUUCUAGAAGAUCCACCAAUCAGAGGAACUAAUUCUGAGCAAGGCUUAGGCUGAAGCACCAGUAUACCAGUAGAUAAACAAAUAGCCUUGCUUUUUGACUUAGAAUAAUCGUUGGCGUAUUGUAGCUGUCUAUACGUAUUUACCUACCUAUGUACUUUAUUUACUCUGAGAUAGUGACACAUAUUCUGUGACGGAUGUUGUCAAUGCAACAAGAGCAAACUGUAUUGAAAUUACACUUGUGCAAAUUAUCCAAUUUUAGUUUGCCUGAAAACAAGUAACCAAUGGGAAAGGGAAUGACUUCAGUUGAGAAAAUGUUUUUAGCACUGCUAUGGUCAAUUUAUUGUGAAAGCAUCACAAACUUCUGCUGUAUUGAAUUAUGAUUUUUUGUCAUGUAUAAAAUAUGAAGGGGUAGAAAAACAUGCAUAACCAUACCAACGCAUGUCCAGUGUCCUAUAUACUUGUUUGGAAAUUUUACCCUAGAAUUACUUUCAGAAAGGAAAUUUUGAAAUUUCACUAGCGAAAAAAAAAUGUACUGGUGAAAGAACACUGGAUGGCACGUGCAGUAGAAUUUGGAGCGAGAUUUACAAGUUAUAUGCAAGAUAUCCUACAGCAGGGAAAGAAAGUGUUGACCGUGUCAAGUAUAUUUUGGAGAUGCUCAUUUUGCAAGAUGUUCAUAUUGAAUGUGCAUUAUGUAAACGUUACAUCUACGUUAUGUAUGUAUUUCAGUUAGUCUCUUGAACCUGCUAGCAGUUGUGGUGAGCAAAUACAAAGGAAGUCAUACUGUCACCAUGUUACCUUAGUAACCAUUGUAUCAACUUUAAUUACUGUUUAAAGCCAACAAUGGCAAAUGCACCAGUAGAUGUAUUUUAUGAUGGAAUUGGAGCUUGUCGUCCUAAUUGCUAAGCAAUAUUUUGAGUAUUUAACUUGGCAUGCGCUAAUAGUAUUUAUACUAUUUGACAGCAGUUCAUGCCCAUGUGGAUAAAAGUAGAAGGGCAAAGAAGAAACUAUGGAAAUAACUUCUCCUUUGAUAUUGCCUUGGAACUACACUGCUACAAUAUUGUUAGGAAGUCAACAUCCGCAGAUUUCGAGAGAAAUAUACCUUUAUAAUGCUCAUCAUUGCACAAUGUAUUAGUAUUUACACAGCUGUGAAACUGAGUACUUGACUGAAACCAAUUGACAAUAUAGACUUCAACAAAUUAAUAAACUUCAAUAAAUUUUAAUUCCAGAUUGUCUUGUGUUCAAUCUUUGAACAAAAGGCAUGUUUUGUUUGUCAUAAGUGGACAAACUGCCAAUUGACUGCUGAAUCGAGACCAAAAACUGGUGGUAUAGAAUAGUUGGCACACACUUUUAAAACAAUGGAAAUCUGUAUCUUCCUUUUUGAAAAGAGUUCUGAAAAUAUUUAGUUUUCAGAUCCAGAAUUCUACCGUAUGUUUUCAUGAUCAUCUUUGAGUUUCUGAAGAGUUUUUUUUUUUCAAUUGCUUGUAUGCUAAUUGCUAAUUUCAAAUCAAUUUUCAGUUGAACCAUAAUUUUCUUCACUUUUGUUAUCAAGUGUCUCCUUGGGUUUCUGUUGCUAUGUCUUAUUCAUUUGUCCAUUGUCUUAUUCAGAACUGUUAUAAUGCCGUAGGCCCUAAGUUAAGAAACUUAUUUUAAAUUCAAGGUCCAAGUAGUGGAUUGAGACUAUAGGUAACCCCCCUUUUUUUCACAAUUUUUCUUCUAACUAAAAUAAAUAAAAAUAUUGCAACUUCCCCUUCCCCCAUUUAUUUGAAAUACUCCUGAAUCCACACUGCUCUUAGUAGUUUCGUUUUUCUAUUUCUUGUACAUUUCACAAUGUUUGAAUUGUACAUGUAACGUCUAAUUGCAAGAGUUGUAGGCACAAAAACCGCUGACUGAAAAAGAAAAAUGAGUUUUAAUCUACUUAACACACUUUCAUCCUUUGUACUUUAGUGUUGUAUAUUAUUGUUUCUCCAUAAUGCAAUUGAAAGGGAAAUACAUCCUGUUCAUUCUAUAUACUGUACUAAAGCCUUUUGUAUUUUACAAUCUUUUCGCAGUUUCAUUUGUAGUAUUUUCCAAGGUGAUUCUAUUUUAUUUUUGCACGAAUCUUUAUUUUAUGUACCUAAUUAGGAUCCAUUUUGAUCUUGGAUUAAAAAUAAUUUUUUGCUUGUAAUCUUUAGGCUUAUUCUAUACAAAUUUAUUUUCCUAGAGAAAUAUAAUAUUUCUUUUGCCCCUUUAAGCCGUAUCCGUAAAAAAAUGUUCUCGCCGUUUUUAAGUCUGUAUGAUACAGUAUGGAUGAGAAGGCAAAUUCUUAAAGAAUUUGAUUCAUUUUUAUCAAAUAAACAAUAGGAGACAAAAUGUCUGUUUUUUGUUGUGGCUUACAUGACCCUGCUUGUUAAUUUUGUUACUGUUUUGUUGUAAUGUCUUCACUAAAAAUGUUUUUUGUUUUUGGUUAUUUGUGUAUUUUUUGUCAACAUUGGAUAUACUUAAUACUUAUACUGUAAUACAAAUAAUCUUCAGAGAGCUCAAGCAGAGACCAUACCUGACCAAUAAAAACCAUUCAAACCUAA